AAUGCAUUACAUACUGUAGGAUAAAACUGACUGUCUGCCCGUCUAUGUCUUUAAAUAAGAAUCAGUGUUUGAAUGGUAUUGGAGUGCAGCUCGGCAGGACCCGCCUCUGGAGUCGUUGAUGUUUAAGCGGAGUGCAGCGCACCACCCCUUCACUGACUUAAACGUGUGCUGAGCUCUUUGCAUCCGAACGUGUAUUCUAAGAACUCUCCGGCACACUGGAUUCGUUUGGAAAAGAAAAGAGGCACAGAGAUCGUCUUUCUUUACAGCCCCACUGAACCGCUGAUUAGUGGAGAGUGCUCACUGUCUUCGAAUGCCGCGUUUUCAGUUGAUAAACUCCGACAUCUUUCAGUCAGAAGCUACCACAAUCGUAUAAUCGGUGUAUUUGUAAUUGACGUUAAAAUUCGACAUUGAGAGACUGACGUAUUACUCAUAUCCCCGUCAGCUAGGUGUUCUAUGGAUCUGGAGGAGAGGAAAGUACUCUUUAGUGCAUGCGCCUUGAUCGCGCUCUUACCUGCUUGUCUCACCUACUACGUGCCGUGCGAUCCGUGCGAUCCAAAAACGUUAUCCAUGUGCCCACCCGUACCCACGGCCUGUCAGGCGGUGAAGGAGCCGGGAUGCGGCUGCUGCUUGACCUGCGCGCUCAGGGAAGGACAUGAGUGCGGAGUCUACACGGGCACUUGUGCCGCGGGUCUGCGCUGCCUACCGCGCGUCGGUGAGGAGAAGCCGCUGCAUGCCCUGCUACACGGCAAGGGGAUGUGCAUGAACGAAAAAGACUACAAGCCGGCCACGGAUCAAGAGCCACCUAAAGGUGUCUUGGGGAUAGUGUCUGAGAAUCCACUUCAUCAUUCUAAGUUGCCUUUGUUUUCUCAAAACCACAUCAACAACAAGAAAGUCUUGGCAGUUCAAAAGAACAGGAAACAGUUACAAUCUAAACUGAGGACCACAGUCCAUAUUAACUCCUCCCCACUCAGCGUCCAGAAGGUCCAGCCGGAAAUGGGACCUUGUAGGAGGAAGCUUGACAUAAUUGUCCGGAGGAUGAAGGACAUGCCCAGAGUCGUGGCUCUGUCUCUCUAUCUGCCUAAUUGUGACAAAAAAGGCUUCUUCAAGCGCAAACAGUGUAAACCCUCCAGGGGGCAGAAGCGAGGUAUUUGUUGGUGUGUAGAUAAAUUUGGAGCCACAAUACCAGGAACUGACUACAGUGGAGGCAACAUCCAGUGCAAAGACCUGGAGAACAACAGUAACAACAAAUAAAGAGUCUCCUUCUUGUCAACACGUCUCCAUCUCCAUCUUUUUGCUGCCAAAUCACCUAAAGAAUCUGUAAGAAAAAAAACAACACACGCAUUAUUCUAUUUAUAGGCAAAGUUAGAAAACAAAUUUGUAUACAUACGAUUUGUAGGCACCUAAUUCAAAUCCUUCCAUAUAAUCUUAAAUAUUUAACUCUUUUUUGUUUGCUAUUUUGAAUGUUUUUUUUAUUUUGUCAGCGUGCAUCAUAAAUGAUCAGCCCCUUUCUGUCCCCACAAAAAUUACAGCUGUCAUUUUCGAUAGGCAGUAAAACUUACCAACUCAAAAAUCAAAUCAUUAGUACAAUAUUUAAUUGAAUGGACAUUCAUACAUUUCUUCAUUUCCAUUAAAUCUAUUCGUGUACACUAUACGUUUAUAUGUCUAAAUGUUUGUGGACACCUGACCAUCAUAAAUAUAUGUGUAUUUUGAACAUCCCAUACCAGAUUUAGUCCACAUUUUGCUGUUCUAAUUAUUUUCAAUAUUCUAGGAAUUCAUUUACAUUAGACUUUGUAAUUCUGUAAUGUUUCUGUCAGGAUUUGCCCAUUCAGGUCUGGCAGUGAUUUUGUAUGCUGUUACUAUUCUAGUUCAUCUCAAAGAGGUUCAGGUCUGGGUUCUUUUUAGUCCACUUGAGUUUCUCCACUACAACCUUGGCAAAUCUAUCUGAAUAGUCUAAAUUCUUAUAGUAUUGGCUCUCAUGAAAAUCUCAGUGCCUUUUUUCUAAUGCAGAUGAUUUACUUAGGCCUACAGUGGAAAAAUACAUAUUCAUAUCAGACAUUCACAGUUCAGGAAUAACUUCUAAUUAACAAGGCUAAGAAAUCAGAGGUUAUUUGUAUGAUUAAAAACAGUAAAAAAAAAAAAGAAAAAAAAAAGAAAAAGAAAAAAGCAGUAGUAAGCAGAAAAAAACGAUAUCCUCUGGAACUUGAAACAAAAUCAUCUGGUGCUUUGGAUUUUAAAAGGAAUAUUUUGUAUAUUUUCUAUUGAAAUCUUUGUGCUGUAUUUAAGCUUUCAUUCUGAGAACUGAUUAUUCAUUCUGAGAGCUGAACAGUUAUUACCUGGAUAACUCUGUAAAAGUUUAUAAAUUUCUCCUUUUGUGUGGCUUUAAAAAUAACACUUUAAUAUGACCCAGAUUUUUAAACAUGUUAUCCUUAAAGACUACCAAAUUAUGAGGUUCGUGUUAUAAUAACAAUAAAAGAAAUACCUCACACCUAAACUUAACAUUUUAAUGACAACAGUUCUGCAACUAGUGAUCUAUAAUACAAAUUAUAUUAUUCUAAAUAAAAAAUAUAUACUGUGUGAAAAUCAGCUUUAAAAAUCAGCUUUGAUGAGAUUUUCUUCAAUGUGAGUUGAAUAAUUCUAGUUUCAAAAAGAUUUAUUUUUUCUUCAUAAGAAUAUAGCAGUGUUCUAUUUAUUCACUGCAUAAUUUAUGUACUUUCAUUUUUUUGUCUCUUUUGUUAUAACAAAAAAGUUAUAGAUAUGAAUUUAAGAAUAAAAACUGUGGCUAUUGUUUUGUGUGACCUGUAUCAAUAAGUUUUUGAUUGCAUGACUAGUAUGUACUUUGCUGUAAUAGGGACUGUUAUUUCUGAUAAAUAGUGAUAAAAUCAGACUUAAAAUUGAGAAACAUUACAUGCAGUGUAUAAUAAAUCUAUUCAAUCUAUGCAUAAAUAGUUAACUCUUUUACUAAAGUGUAAUGUCACAAUCCUCCAAUCCUCGCAUCAGAGGGAGCCAGCACACAAAUAUUGAACUCACUUCUGCUAUCAUAGUUCACUUAUGGUUUAUGGACGUUUAAACCAGGCUCAAUGUUAACCAGUUUGUGAAGUUUUGUUAGUUCCACUAAAUACCAAUCCAUCAAAAUAAUCUGUACUGCCUUAUUGUUACCAAUUUCUGUUCUUUGUUUAUCAGUUAUUUGUAUUCUCUUUUGGAUUUAUUUAUUCGGUGACAGUGUACCGAUGUGUUGACCCCUGCCUGCUUCUGUUUUUCAAUUUUCAUUUCAUGUUUUGUCUUUUUGCCUGUUUUAAUAAUAAUAGAAUUUUAAUAAAAUUCUGCAUAUGGAUUCUA